AUGGGGGUUUUUAAACUACCUUGGUCCCUUCUGAAAGAUAUAAACAAGGUAAUGAGAAAUUUCUGGUGGGGUCAGGUUGAAGAGGAAAGGAAAAUCCAUUGGGUAUCUUGGAAGACAAUGGGAAAACUGAAAACAGCUGGUGGCAUGGGCUUCAGAGAAUCACAUAGUUUCAACCUUGCAAUGCUGGCAAAACAAGGUUGGAAGCUAUUGCAUCAUCCUCAAGCUCUAGCUUCUCUAGUACUGAAAGCUAAAUAUUUUCCCCACAGUGAAUUUUUUCAAGCCAAACUAGGAAGCAAGCCUUCUUUCAUCUGGAGGAGUAUAAUGGAUGCUAGAGAACUUGUUAAAAGGGGCACCAGGUGGAGAGUAGGAAAUGGUGAAGCUAUUAAAAUCUGGGAGGAUAAGUGGGUUCCAAAACUUCCAUAUGCUAAGAUUAUGAGUCCAGUGAGGGUACUGAGUCCCGAGGCUUUUGUUAGUAUCUUAAUUGAUCCUGGCACAAAACAAUGGAAGACUAGUAUGGUGGAGGAUCUGUUUUUACCUGAAGAAGCUACUUUGAUCAAGCAGAUCCCUAUUAGCUUUAACAACAGCCCUGACAAACUAAUUUGGUCAGGAUGUAUGGCACCAGUGCUCAAGGAAACUUCAAAAAUGUUCCUCCCCAAACCUACAAUCAAGAAUCUCAUAAAAGAGCUGGAGGAUUCAGGAGGCAAGGAACUGGUUGAAGAGUUUGCUGUGGUGGCUAGAAGAGAUGCUGCUGUCGAUAGAAUUCAGUGCAAGAUUGGGAUAGGCCUAAUCAUCAGGGACUGGAAUGGGAGGGUGGUGGCAACUUCAAGGAAAUUUAGACCCCUCUUCCCUGACCCUUUGUUGGCAGAGGCUAUGGGAGCUAUAGAAGCCUCUUGUUUUGGUCUACAGCUGGGAAUCAAAAGGAUCAUCCUUGAAGGCGACUCCAAGAUAGUCAUCUCAGCAAUAAACAACAGAGAGGAGAAUUGGUCAGCUAUGGGUAUGCUCAUUGAAGAUGUCAAGAUUAAGCUAAAUAGCUAUGAAGAGUGGUCAGCUUCACAUGUUAGGAGGGAAGGAAAUCAAGCUGCUCAUAAGCUUGCUAGGGAUGCUUUGUUACAUUCCAUCUCUUCUGUUGAUAUGGGAAUUAUUUCUCAUUGUAUUCAUGAUUGUAACUGA